UAGACACUCCGCAUCGAGUCGCAUCCAAGUUGUGCCACGCUCGAAGACUGCCGCCAUAUCGAUAUUCCCGUUGUACCGUCGACACGCAGCCAUUGCGCAGACGGCCACGCGUUACAGCCGCAGCCCCGACACGCACCCUCGCAGCCUCUCAUCCCUCAGAUCUGAGCACUCGUCCCCCGCAUCGCAUGUCCCACCACACUUCGCGAACCCUGCCCCGAGUAUCACCACCGCCGCAACGCACCUUUGCUGUGUCCGGCGAGCACUUCCUGUUCGGAUAGAAGCCACCCGCCUGUCGUAGUAGUUUGCAGUGCCCGUGUUGACCGAUGAGCAGGCCACAGGAUGGCUCUCUCCAAGAAGGACCACACUUCGAUACCCUGUCCGCCCACCGCAGCGCCGCCGACCAUGUCUCGCUCACCAAGAACAAGAGCAUGUCCAACCUGCUCUCGCACGCCGUGUCCGCCCCGCCGGCCAUCGACACGGCGAAGCGCAUGAGCUUCGAUGCAGGGCAGCUCGGCCGUCUCGCGCGGUCGCCUAUUGUCUCCGAGCACGAGCAUGGCUUGGGAGCCUCCGGCCUCCGCCGCAUUCGCCAGCUGCCGCCUAGACAGCUGCCCACCACCCAGCGCAGCGCCUCGCUGACCGUCGCCACGCCCCCUGCGUCGCGGCAUCCCUCCGACGCUGCCCCCUCCGCACCGGGGUCCCCUACCCUCGCCUUCGGUGAAGAUCUUUCGCGAUUCCCCUCCGAGUCGCUACACUCAUUCUCAUUCGCGACGCAGUCCGAUGAGUUCAUACAAAACCGACAGGCCGUCCUGAAGCGCUCCAUCGACUUCAUGCGAGACCGCCUCGGGUGGGCAGCUACGAACCCAGGCAUAGCGAACGCACAGGCGAAGCUGAGCGGCGACCUCGAGGUGCAGAGCAUGAUGGAGCUGCUGCAGAGGGCGAACUUGAUAGGACAGGACGGCACUGGUGCACAUGGGUUUGGCGCGCUUGGCCCUGUGACCGGGCCUGCGGAUAUGUCUGGCCAAAAUCUGUUCGAGAAGAGCUUUGAGGCACAGCGGUCUGAAAGCCCCGAGACAAUAGUCGAGGCAGCAAGUCCACCAUUGCCUCAACUUUCAACCAACGCCCUGGCAAUCAAUAAGAGAGAUGAUCCUGACCGACUCAGCAGCUCGGCAUCCGACUUCAGCCUCGAACCACUCAGUCCCACGACUACCAACACUUCGCUGCCUCCUCAGCGGCCCCAGCGAGCCGCUUUGAAGCGCACCUUUACCGAUGUCGCUCCCCUCACCAUUCAAAACCAACUCCACGACGCCCUGGCAAAACCCUAUCUGGUUGGCGAUCAGGUGCAGACCAACUCUGUCAUAUCGCCAACGUCCAUCCCUUCUGUACCACCCAGUUUCCGCAACGUGCAGGGGCCCCUAUCUGCAGGCCCUGCGCCCCACGGUCAUGGAACCCGACACGCCGCUGCUGCACAGGCUAUCUUCACAACCGAAGCACAGGCUCCGUGGACUAUUACGUCCGCGAAUGACCUGGCGUGCUUGGUAUUUGGCGUGACCAGAGCUGAAGUCCGUAAACUGGGCAUCCUGGAAGUCGUCCGAGAAGACCGACGGUCGUGGCUUGAAAGCAAGCUCAAGAACCCAGAUGUUGGCUCCAAAGUGCAGGCUUUGGCGCCAACAACCAACCUCAAGGUUGGUUCCGGUCUGACUGCGAGGCUGCUGAGCAAGCCUUCAUCACGGACAACGGCUGCAAGGAAGGCAAAGACAGAUGAUGGCAGUGGCUCGUCAUACUACAACGCCAAGAAGACGGGGAAGCUGAACCAUGAGUCUAAGGGGUCAAGAGGUGUGUUGCUCUGCGGCGACGUUAUCCCCAUUCAGAAGCGCAAUGGGGCCACUGGUGCAGCAAGCUUGUGGGUCAAAGAAAAACGAGGUGGCCUCAUUUGGGUACUAGAAGAGAUAGCUGAGGAUGUCGUGUAUAUCAAUGUUGACGAAGUAGGUUGCGUAUCCAAGGGCUGGGGCGCGACAGAGGCCGUCUUCGGGAGCGACCGGCUGCGCAGAGGCAUGGACAUCACGCGCUUGAUACCUGGGAUACCACGCCUCAAAGGCACGAACACCGGCGUGCUAGACUACGAAGAGAUUGAGAUUGUGCGUAGCUACACAGCUCGAACCUCGAACAGCAUCAACAUUCCGGUUACGGUCGAAGCCCUGCCAGGCGAACCAACUUUCCGCGUCUCCAGCUUCCCACACAUUGCUGGUAUUAUUGUACUCUCCUCCUCCGAUCUGACAAUCACGAGCUCCAACUCGGUCUUUUCCGAGGCGUUGUUCGGGCAGCCGCGACCCGAGGGUGUCCACGUCGGCAAGCUGAUACCUGCUUUCGACAAGAUUCUGCAUGUCAUGACUGAUGAAGACAAGAUUGAAUUGGUUGAUGGUAUUGUUAUCCCAGAGCACAGCUUCCGACGUGCACGAGCUUUGCUCGCCAUGCGAGAGGGUAGUGCAGAUGCAGCGGCUAUUUUUCUGAGGCCUAGUGGACUUCCUGCUCUGCAUCGUGACGGGUCCGAGAUUAUGGUUGACGUGCAAAUGAGAGUUGUAAAAAGCGAUAAAACGCCUCGCUUUGACGAGCAGGUUAUCGAAGAGGAGGGUUCAGAAGCUCAACCAAACAGACCACAAUUGGUUUAUGCUUUGUGGGUGACCUAUUCCAGACAAUUGCACGCUGCGAACCACGGAAUCGGUCCAGUAGCACCACUUAUAUCUCGUCCAGGAACGCCGCCCCAUCAACCUGCACCUGGUCAAAAAGACUUGAUCAUUCCUGAAGAAAUUGAAUCAGACCACUCCAAAGCAAGCACACCACCUGUCUCGCUCCUCACACAGCAAUUGCAAGAAGCCGCAAAGCCCUUGCCUCCAAAAGAAACACCAGCACAUGCAAUGGCACCACCACCUGCACCAAUUAAAGAGGAGUCUGCUCACAAGAAGACAAUUGACGACUUCGUCGUCCUCGAAGAAAUGGGUCAAGGCGCGUACGGGCAAGUUAAGCUCUGCCGGUACAAGAAAAACAGCAGCAAGAAGGUAGUCAUCAAGUUUGUCACAAAGCGGCGUAUCCUCGUCGACACAUGGACUCGAGAUCGCAAACUCGGCACCGUGCCUUUGGAGAUCCACGUCCUCGACUUCUUACGCAGAGACGGCUACCAACACCCGAACAUUGUCGAGAUGGCAGAUUUCUUCGAAGACGAUGUCAACUACUACAUUGAGAUGAUCCCACACGGUCUUCCCGGCAUGGAUCUGUUCGAUUACAUUGAACUCCGCGUCAAUAUGGAGGAGCAGGAGUGUCGCAAGAUUUUCGUCCAGGUCGCCGAAGCGGUGCAUUUCCUCCACACCAAAGCCAAGGUCGUGCAUCGCGACAUCAAGGACGAGAACGUGGUCCUCGACGGCGACGGCAACAUCAAGCUCAUCGACUUUGGAAGCGCGGCAUACAUCAAGAGCGGGCCUUUUGACGUCUUCGUAGGCACCAUUGACUACGCCGCGCCAGAGGUCCUCGCCGGCCGUCCCUACCGCGGCAAAGAGCAAGACGUGUGGGCCCUCGGUAUCCUGCUGUACACCAUCAUCUACAAGGAAAACCCAUUCUACUCCAUCGACGAGAUCAUGGACCACGACCUGCGCGUGCCGUGGGUCAUGAGCGAGGAGAGCAUCGAUCUGGUCAGGCUGAUGCUCGACCGCGAUGUCGAGAAGCGCAUCCCUAUCAGCCAGGUGCUGGAGCAUCCGUGGUGUGCGGGUAAGGGCGGCGACACAUGAGGUAGAGCGGCGUAGGAGGCUGUUUAAAAAACAAAGUAGACUAGGUGGGAAAAAGGUGUUAUUCUUUCCCGACGCGACAUGUUAUCCCGCAACGAGGCGGUGGAGCGCAGUAUCAUUAUAGCGAGCGACGUGAUGAAAAGAGAGGCAUGCUUGGGUUGGAUGGGUUUGCAUGAGCAGCUAGUUCGUUGCUCUUUGGUACGAUAUUCCUCUAUGCGUUCACCUGCGCAGGCUAUUCUCUCGUUACACGCUAGACCAUGGAUAUGUUGAGCGUACUGCCGGACGUUAAAACGGCAGUUCAAAUGAAAUACCCAAUGUAUCUAUUCAUUGCA